UCGGGGAACUCGGGGAUUUCGGCCGGUGGCGGAUCCGGCGGUGCGUCCGGGUCAAGCGCUGCGUCCAGCUCGGGUUUGGCCGCGGGAUCGAGUUCGGGCUCGGGUGCUGGCGCGGGCUCGGGAUCCGGCAUUGGGAGCGCGAACGCGAGCUCCAGUGGCAUAGGGCCCGGUGGAAACCCGGUGUCCGCCGGCAUGGUCGCUGGGUCGGCCGAGCCUCGCACGCCGACCGCGGGGCCGCAGAACAAACAGCUGCAGAACGUCAAAGGAGACCACCCCUCGAAAGCGUUCCUGCAAAACAGAUCCAUGUCGUUGGUCGAUAUGUACAUCGACAACUCGGAGCCAAGCGAAAACGUCGGGCAAAUUCAUUUCAGCCUGGAAUACGAUUUUCAAAAUACGACGCUUAUUCUCCGUAUUAUACAAGGGAAAGAUUUGCCGGCCAAGGAUUUAUCCGGAACCUCGGACCCUUACGUUCGCGUCACCCUCUUGCCGGACAAGAAGAAUCGACUCGAGACGAAAAUAAAGAGGCGCACGCUCAAUCCUCGUUGGAACGAAACCUUCUAUUUCGAAGGUUUUCCGAUUCAGAAGUUGCAGAGUAGAGUGUUGCAUUUACACGUAUUCGACUACGACCGAUUCUCGAGAGACGACUCUAUCGGCGAAAUGUUUCUACCGCUGUGCCAGGUCGACUUUUCGGAGAAACCGUCGUUUUGGAAAGCCUUGAAGCCCCCGGCGAAAGAUAAAUGCGGGGAAUUGUUGUGCUCGUUGUGCUAUCAUCCGAGUAAUUCCGUGUUAACGUUGACGCUUCUAAAAGCCAGAAAUCUCAAAGCGAAAGAUAUAAACGGAAAAUCAGAUCCGUACGUGAAAGUCUGGUUGCAAUUCGGUGACAAGAGAAUCGAGAAACGAAAAACCCCUAUAUUCAAGUGCACCCUGAAUCCGGUGUUCAACGAAGCGUUCUCUUUCAACGUACCUUGGGAAAAAAUUCGAGAAUGUUCGUUGGACGUGAUGGUGAUGGACUUUGAUAAUAUCGGAAGGAACGAGUUGAUCGGCCGGAUUCAACUGGCAGGAAAGAACGGCAGCGGUGCCAGCGAAACGAAACACUGGCAAGAUAUGAUCACGAAACCACGGCAAACGAUCGUCCAAUGGCAUCGACUCAAACCGGAAUAAAGAAACGGAGGAAUAGGUCCACGCGAUACUUGGAUUUCGCGGGAGCGAAUUCAUCGUCAUACAAACCAUUCGAACCAACAUUUCCCGGUCUCUCGAACCCAACUAAACUAUGAUAUUCCUUGUCUUCCGACGAUGCGAUACCGACCGAAAUCGUUCGACUAGGUUCGACUACGACGCUACGAGUUGUCUCGGUUUCACUUUUGAAUGUCGACCAAAACGUAUACGUUUUCCAUUGUUGCGUUUGAUUGUUGAUCGUUCAAAAAAAUCGCGUCGUCGGCCGGUAAAGUGAACGGGAGCAAAAAUCGAGAAAUAGUUUUCGUACGGUUAAUUGCACACCUACGCAAAACUACAUAAAAAUGGAGCAGAAGAAAGAUCGUAACAGAGAAAUUAAACGUACUCGAUUGAGGAGAGAGAGAGAGAGAG